AUGAACAUCGUCCAUUCACAAUUUUUGUCAUAUUUCACUUCGAAGGCACCGGUUCAAUUCAACAGACCUCCCAAAUGCUAUUUCUACACAGACAUAUCUCUUAUUGUGGCCAUCGUUAAUUUAGUUUAUAUAUUCACCAGAUUCAACAAUGACGGGAAACAGUUCCAUUUCGAACUACUGACUAAAGGUUCCGAUCUCUCCUCUUUGGCAUUGCGACUCUUGAGAUUAUCAAAAUUCAAGAAUAAGCGAAGCCAGGAGGCGUUGAUAGCAUUAUUGGUAAUUAGAACUGGGCUAUUUGUUUAUGAUAAUACCGUUGGUGAUAACGCAGAGGUGAACUCAUACCCGAUGUUUCAACAGUGUAUUGAUAUCGCCUACCAGAUUGGAAUUCAUUCUGAUCCCAACUUUACCACUACGAUUAUGUUCAAAGAUACACCCUUGCUGAAGUCCCGAACGUUAUCGCCAUCCCAAACACGAGAGCUUUGGAAUUAUAUGCAAAUGAUUGAUGCAAAUGUUUCAUUUGAUUCAGGCUCUCCUCUUCUUAUAAAUUAUGAUUACUGCAUAGGGUAUCUGAGGCAGUCGGACACUGCUUUUGAGAGAAAGAAGGAAGGAGCUGUAAUACUAAUGAGGCAACUAUCGAAAACUAUUAACUCCCGAAAAGAUGUAUGCCUUAGGGACAUUCUUCAACUUAUUGAUAAGGUAACCUUAUUCUGUUUCUCUACCCAGCUCUCUUCUCCGACGGGAGAUGAUAUGGACGAAUUAGCUUAUCUUUUCAGUAUGAAAUUAUGGUUUCUACAGUCAUUACUGUCUUUAUGCCGGAUGGUAAUAUAUGGAAUUAUGAAAUUACCUCAAUCGGAGUCCUUAAAUGAAUUAUCGAAAGAGAUGUAUAGACAGUCUGUGAUAGCAGCUGUCACUUCAUUAUUUAUAAUCAAGGAUAUUCUGUUGGGAAAAAGCAUCUUUGGCAAUGACCCAAAUGGCAAAUAUGUCGUCUUCUUCCGCUAUCUUUUUUCGAAAAGCUUGGGACAAUCAUUCGUUUUCUGGUUUUCUCUUUUGCUUCAUAAGACUGCAGUGAAUACAGAUCUAAUCGGGGACGUGGAUAAGGGGUCUCCACUAUUUGAUUAUCCACCAGAUGAAAUUUCCGGGGACAUCAUCCUUACUACAAAUUUGUUAGAACAGGCAUUAUACCAUAAUUAUAAUAAUGAAACUACCGAACUUGCAGAAAAGGUAUGUUCAAAGCUCAUUUCCAAUGAAACCAUGAAUGAAUUUUCCUCUUCACUAUACGAUAUUGUUUAUCAGAAUGAUGUUUUAAAGAGUAGCCUCGACUCUUUCAUGAUGUUGAAUUUGGUGAUUGUGUGGCUUUCCAUAAUACGUACUCUUGAGGAAUUCAAGUCCAAGUUGGCCACUAAAAAAGCUACGAUGAAAGAUGUUAUCGCUCAGACUAAGCAAAGAGUGGAACAUGAAUUUAAGACGAGAAGCCCCUUCGAUACAGACGGGUAUCAGCUAGAAAAAUUAUUUGAUUCCAUAUUAGCUGAUCAUACUUGGCUUCCUAUAGACGACAAUUCCGAUUGGCAAAUGUGA